UAAGAAAAAAGCUCAUAAAGCCAUUCCAUCCCAACAGAGUCUCUUAGUUACCCAUACAACAUGAAAUUUAGUGACUGAAAAAAAUUGCUUCCUCUUUGUAACGGAAGCUAACUCAAUGAUAUCUUUUCCACUUUAUAUUGCUAUCCUGAGAUCAAAGGUUUUUCUUAAAGAGACCACUUCAAGUUUUGCCAUGCAUUACAUGUCCCAUUGCUCAAAUAGUAGGCCAAUAUCAUGCACAUGCAACCAAACUUUUCUUUCUAAACCAGAUAUUAAUAACUGAACAAAAGGUGCACAGUUAAUGUUAUGAGCACUAUAGAGCUCGUCACCAGCAACCUGCCUAGCCACUAUGUACAUGUGAGUCAAGAAUAUUUUUCAAUGAAAGCCAAAACAGAAAUACGAGUAGGAAGAGGAAGGUAAUAAGUGUGUAGGAAUAGAAGAAGCACGUAAGUAUAGGUUAAGGUCAUGUGGAUGGGAGUCAGCUGGUUUUACUUUCCUAUUUCUUUGUUACAACACGGCCACGGAUAACAGAAGUCAGACAGUUAUCUACAGCCCAUGAGUAAACUUGACAUAUCUCACAACUAUUACUGGUCAUUUUCUGCAGAACUAGAAUAAAGAAGGAGCAAAACAAAUUCCCAUUGUACACCAUAUUCUUUUUUGGGUUAAUUUAACUAAUGGGUGUACAUACUGUUAUAAUGGGGUAAAGGAAAAUAAGAUAGCCAAAAAAAAAAAGCACAUUCUUAAUCUAUCUGACGUGAUGUGACCUAGUUUUAAAAAUUAAUGGGCAUAUGUAGUUAUUAAAGGUAAAAGGAAAUUAAAGUAACCUCUCCAUUGAGCAUUCCUUAUCUAUUUGACAUGAUGUGACCUAAUUUUAGUGCAUUAUACCCACAAAUGAAGUCUAUUGAUAUAAGAGGGGCCUAGUUUUGGGCUGGGGCUACUUCUAUUGGCUCAGGAAGUAUAUGGUCUGUGAGUCGUGUCCAAAAUUUAAAUAUCCGCGUGUUUAGGCAUUAAUGUGACCUAGUAUAAGUGCACUGGACUCAUAAAUGGAGUGCAUUGCUAUGAGAGAGGCUUAUUCUCGGGCUGAGGCUACUUCCAAAGGCUGGGAAUGUGUGGGGUCAGUGAGUCAUAUUCAAAAUUUAAAGAUCCGAGUGAGGGUUACAUCAUACGUCAAGAUAACAGGGGCCAGCCAUAUAGGGGCCACACCACCAGCACACAGGCCCCAGCAUGUCUAUUAUUCUUAUCAUGUUUCUGAGAAUGCUGGGUGAGGCCUGAGCACAGAACACGGGCUGGAGGGAGGCUGUGUGUCAUGAGUAGCGGGGACUCCACCAAAGCAGCCAUCCCGCUCAUCUCGACCCCUUCACUCUGGCUACGACGGGACUGUCAUCUCGUCACUGAUUUAUAGAGCUGUGAACCUGCCAUAAUAAAGGUGAUGCUGAAUAAUAAUUUCCCUUAGUAUAUUCAGCGUUAGGGAUAGUCAGGAGUAGUCCACAGACAGCCUCACAGCCUCCAAAGAAUCCUUCCAUCCCGUUCAAGACUUAACUCUGUGAACCUGACAUAAUAAAGGUGAUGAUGAACACUGAUUCCUGAUAGUAUAUUUCAGGGUUAAGGAUAGUCAGGGCAGCCCACAGGUAGCCCCACAGCCCCCAAAUAUAUAUAUCACCAUAACCAAAGUAAGUAACCUCAUCUCGACCCCUUCACCAUGGCACUCGAACACUUUUGAGAACUGUGAGCCUGUCAUGAUAAAGAUAAUGAUGGACUCUGAUUCCUCAUAAUAUAUAUCAGCGUUAAGGAUAGUCAUGUCAGUCCCCAGCCACCUCCCGAGCCCCUGAAGCCGUGGGUGCAGGGGUCGGGACGCGGCCAGCCGAGGAUCAAUACCACCACCAUGCCAGACGAGGCGCCUCAACCACCUCCCAGUUUCUUCGCCUCCCCCGCACACUCCCUGGCCAGACUCACGCACUUCAUCGACGACAAUAUUAGGAUUAUACAGUACGGGGUGUACGCCAUCGGGGCUGCGGGCGCCGUGCUGGUGCUCCACAGCGUGCGAGCGUUCACCAAGUUCGUGAGGGUCGAGGACAUUCCCAAGGAGUUCAUCGGCAAGCACGUGCGGCUCCACGGCCACGUGCGAUGGGUGGGCGCCGCGCCGCCCACGCCCGCCGCGCCGCCGCACGCCCACGCCGCGUCCUCGCUGCCAGAACAAGGAACAAGGCCGACCCCGUUUUCUUCCGCGGCGGGGACUGAAGGAGCGCCCGGCGCGGGGGGCGGGAGCAAAAGCCUGAGUGCCGACAACCGGGGGAUCUACGAGGGCGCGGGGGAGCUGCACCCCUGGGAGGACGGCAUCGACCCCGCGCUGGCCAGGAUCACUUACCUGCAGGACUUGACGCCGAUCUUCCUGCAGGUGGAUCACAGCCCAGCGAUUACCCUUCUGCGGCGCCGGAGUGGCAAGGCAGACCAACUGUUGCCGAUCCAGCUGGCGGACGUUGAGGUGACGGGGGCGGGGGCGGCGCAGGUCAGUGGGCUGGUGGGUCGCCGCGUGUGGUUCACCCUUAUCUCCCACAACACCGUGAAUGGCACAGUGGCAUGCUUCCUCAAACCAACUAAGGUGUUUUCGAGGAGCGUCAACGAGCAACUGGUACGUGACGGCCUGGGACUGGUGGGGCCCAUGGACCUAGAGCUACACGGGGACAAGCGCUACACUAAGCUCUACACCCGGCUGCUCAGUGCCCAGGAAUACGCCGAGAAGAAGCAGCUGGGGAUAUGGAAGCCGUCCGAGGAGCAACAACAGGGUUUACUAGUUCGUCUCUGGAAUAAGUUACGUUCCCUUCUACGCUCAAAGUAAUGUAUAUAGUUCCUCCGUGCGGCCUUUACAGAGGGAAAUGUUGUUAUUACUCUGUAGAUACUCGAACAUGACACCGGAGCAACGAAACGGCUUACUAGUUCGUCUCUGGAAUAAGUUACGUUCCCUUCUACGCUCGAAGUAAUGCAUAUAGCUCAUCUGUGUGGUCUUAACAGAGGGAAAUGUUGAAUCUGUAAAUACUCGAACGAGACGACAAAGAACCAACCGUUGUGCUCUUAUUGACUUGUUUCUGGCAUAAGUUACGUUCUCUACUACGCUUACUGUUGAGCAUCUGUGGCCUUAACGAAAGUAGAAGUGAUUGCUCUGUAAAAAUCAAACCCGACUUAGUGCUUCCCCGUGAACCACUGUUUAUCGCACGAGUGCUUGUAUAUACCCAUUUUCCCUUAAAGGAUAUCUGUAGCUGUUUAACUUAAUAAAGGUUUGCAUAUUA